CAGCUUCAGUAUCGCGUUGGCGUGCAACCCGAACGGACGUGAAAUCGUAGACGUCAGGGCAGGUUGUGCCGUGUCUCCCGUGCGUAAACGUGCUUCCGAACGCGCCGCAGUGUUUGGUGCCGCGAAUUUGUGCCGCGGCCAAAGCAAGCAAAGCGAAGAAGAGGAAGGAAAAGUGCUCGCGCACAAGUCGCGCCCAUCGCACGUGCAUCCCAAAACGCACGGCAAAAAAAAAAACAAGUCAAAAAGUUAUACUCUCGCGAAGAGUUUGUCUUUCUUACAAAACUAAUAUUCGCCCAGGUGGCUUACAAUCGCACUCCUGCAAAGCUUAAGACGUCCAACGCGAUCUCCUGGCACAACCAGGUGGCCACUGCAAAGGACGUGGACGCUCUAGAGAAAAAAAUACGCUUCUUUUUGCACCGACUUUUAUCUGCACAGCCUAACUGGGAAGAGGCCGGGAAACAGCCGAAGCAGCAGCAGCAGCAGCAGCAGAUAUUCGCGAAUCACUCGAGGGCAAGUAACAGUUCUUUCACCCGGCGCAACGUUUGCGCGGGAAAGGAAGAAGGCAAGAAGCACCGUGCCCAACUGUGCGCACGAACUGUCUGCUGUAUUCAUUAUUCGCACGGCUUAAGGCACGCCGUAAAUAGAGCACACACACACAUUAAACCCGACGCGCUGCUUGCGCAGAAAACGAAGCUGAAGACGUGUAAAGUGACCCCUCACUUGAGCCUUCAAAUCUUGAGUGUCCGGCGUGUUUGGAGUGGAGGAGUCACUGGAAUCCAGGCCCUUGUCAACGAGCCAAACACCCUGUUGGUACUCACCUGGCGCCUCAGUUUCUGGAGCAAAGGUGGCGGAAAAGACGCGAAACCAAAUCAACCACCGGGUGGCGGCAACAAAACCCCAAAACAGAUCAAGGUUACUAGAUGAAAGUGUACCGCACCGCGGACCCAGCUCGUAGGUGAAGAAGAAAACAGCCCACAAGACGGGACACCCUCGUACGCCAUCUGUCAUCUUAAUUCACCGGUGGUGGGCCACCGAGAGGACGUUGGCGUUGCUGCUCAAGAGUUCAAGCUUUUUGUACAAUUAAACGGCAACUAUUUAACAGUGUGGAACCAGCGCACCGGUGUGGUUGUUGUUGUUGCUAUUGUAGCUUAGCCUACUCUGUGUCUGUGUGUGCAUUAGAUUGUGUGUGUGCGUGUGGUACGGUUUGUGUGCCUGUGUGUAUUCCCCGCCCAAAGUGAGUCGAAGAAGUGAGUGAGUGGAAUCGAUAAAUCAAAGUAGGCGCGAAUCAACUGCUACAGCAAACUCAGAAUCGAGACGUGAAGAGAGUCACCACAGACACAUCUCUUGCCAACUCGAGCUGAAACCCCGCACAGCCAGCCAGCUGGAAGUCGAAUUCGAAAACCGGAAAAAAGGUAUUUACUUACAAACGGAAAAGCAAAGUGUCUGUGUGUGUGUGUUCGUGUGUGUUAGUUUGUGAGGUUAGUGUGCGUAUCGUUCCGCGACGUGCGUGAGCCCCAAAUAUCGAGGGGUGGAAAAUUUCGCCCCCCCCCCAUCAAACCGGAGGAAGGGUUGGCCGGAACAUCCCGGAAACACUCGCCCCCGCGGCUGCUGCUACCGGAAAAUUUGAAAUUGACCGUACCAAACGAACCGAAGCCGAAGUAGCCUGAUCCAUCGUUCCAUCUUGGUGCCUGGUGGUGCGUCAUCUUGAUAAAAAGAACCCAAAACGUCGAUCCUGAUCCGGAUAGGAGAACAGCAGUAUCUCGCGCGCCGCCUGUAAAUUGGAACACGAACGUCGUCGAGAUCGGGAAAAACCUCUCCCCAAACACCGGACCCUCACAGACAGACAGCAGCAGCAGCACCAGCAUGGAAGUGGCGUCGCUGGCAACCGGGACCGGCACGACGACGGCGACGCGGGCACCAUUCCAGCGCGAGGUGCGCGAGUGGCAACAUGUCGAUCCAAAUACGGGCGCCCUGCUGACGGGCCGGCUCGAGGCGGACCGCUGGGUAAACGGGCCACUCAACAGCUACGGCAAGAUGGUUUCACAGAACCUGUCCACACCGGACGGAACGCAGCACACGCAGCGGAAGCAGAUGGAGAUCCUGCAGGCCCGCACGUCCGCCGGCUCGCUGCAAGUGGUCCGCGCCCAAACCGUCCAAACGACCUCGUCCCGCUGGUCCUCCUCGACGGUGCACUCCACCACCACGAGCACAGAGCAAACGACGGGCAGCAGCGGCAGCGUUGGCGCCAUCACCGGACCCACCGCUGCUGGUUCGCCCCUCGCAACGAACGGCUUCUCCAGCCAUCAUCUCCUGUCUUCCUUCCACCGUCCGUUGUCCUCUGGCACUACUAGCAGCAGUAGACUCUUGACUGUAGGAUCUAGUCGAUCCGAUGCACCACAGACGACACCACUCGGCGGAUCUGCGUUCGUCAGCACGGCCACGAAACCAUUCCCAAGGUUUUCCUCCAGCCCAACGUCCGCGGGCAGCAGCUUCGUCAACACCAGCGGACCACUCCGGUACGGCCGGCAGCUGUAUGCAGUCGAUGCGGAUGCGCAUGACGAUCGUGGCUCGUACCACCACACUGCUACCAACCAGCAGCCCCUUCGUACCGUUGCCGUUGAACAGGACAGCAGCAUCAACGGCAACAGCGUACCGCUGGCCCGCGGCAAGAGCAUCUCGAUCGAGGACCUUUCGACCGAGCGUGACGAGAGCAACUUCGAUGACGACGUCGAACCCACGCAGUGGAAGCGAGUGAGCAAAAUACGGCGAUCAUUACAGUUCCCAAGGAAAACCACCCCGAGGACCAACACACGCCCGAUCGACCUGCCCGAGAACUCCGUCAGCGUGUCGCGCAUCUGUCAGGAGCUCGAGAACGGCCGCCGUCUCAACACGGCCAUGCGCAACAACCACAUCGACUUUGUGGCGCUGGACAACAUCCUGAAGAGCGUGGCGGAUCAGCCCUGCACGGCCGCGACCACACCGCCCCACAGCAAUCCGCCCCACAGCAAAUCGCCCCCGAAAGCGUCCUUCCUGACGGCGGAAUCGCUGCGCGAAAUACGCGGCCGCCUGCGCCGGCUCAGCAACGAGUCGCUGUACCGUGACGACAUGAGCCCGGCCGAUGACGCUUCCGGGCAGACGGUGGCGAGCGAUCGACCCAGCCCCGCUGACGAGGGUGGCGUAACGAUCACCGAGGUGGAAACGCGGCUCGGCCAGCUCGAGACGAGCAGCUCGUCCGACUCGAACUAUCGCAGCAGCAGUUUGCAGACGAGCAAGAAGCCAGCGCCAGACACAACGGUGCUAGCGCCGGACGAUUGGCAUUCGCGCCGUAAGUCGUACGGGUUUGAGCGGAUGAGCCAGCAGCCGCUUGGCAGCGGGUUUGCCAUGGCCAAGAUGGACUCGUCGACGGACAGUGGAAUUGGGCGGUCGUCGGAUCUGAGCUCGAGCUGGUCGAGUGCCGCUACCGAGAGUGGUCAGGGUGCGGGCGGUUCCUACCAUCAUCAGCGGGCGACGAUUGUGACGCUUGGCGAACGGUCACAGCUGAAGGAGAAGCAAGCGACGAACCCGGCGAUGGUGAUCAAAAUCACUAGCAAGCCGGUUGACAGCACCAGCGACACGUUUGCAGUUCCAUCCAUGGAACCAACGGACGAGGAACCGAAGCGCCACUCGAUCGCGGUCGACGAGACGAGCUACGUGCGGGACAGCUUGCGCACCAUGUUCGAGCGCAAGUCGUCGGUGCACGUGAACGGAUUCAGCCACACGCUCAUCGACGAUCUGAGCCGCAACAAGAAGCGGGUCGAGUUCUGCAAGACGGAGGUACACUUUACGGCCGACUCGGGCCGGGUGAACAUCGUCGAGACGGAUGAGAAGCCACCGCCAACGAACAACUUCCGCCGGCGACGACGCUCAUCCGGCGGUUCGUCCUACCUGGUGUCGAACCUGGACGGCGAUUCGGACAGUGUCAACGCGACGGAUGAAUCGAAACUGGUGGGCCCCUCGUCGGAGAGUGUUGUGAUCGAGCAGGACACGGCGCCGGUCGUUACCACCACCAUCGGGGGAAUGGGUCGUGCGGCACCGGAACCAACGCCCCGGAAGUACGUACCAUCGGCCACCGUCACCGUGUCGGAUGAAAGCGAUGGCCACUCGACGGAUGAGAUAUCGCUGCGCAGCAUUCUGAAAAACAAACCCGUCAAACCGAAACCAUACGUGCUGGGCGAGAAUCUGGACAGCAACGAGGCGUUGUGGGGUGUGAAGCUGAAGCCGGUGGUAGCAGGAGGAGCGACGGUCGAGCAGAGCCAGCCCAGACUGCUGAGUGUGGAGAUGGGAACGGAGUCGAAAAGUUCGUCGCCCAUUGCCCCUGGCAGCGGCUACUCGACGAGGAUUAACCUGACGAAGGAACCGGCGGGACCCAGCUCCUGGAGUGGCAGCAAUUCCACAGUAGACAAAGCGAUCCUUCACAGUGCGACGAACGGGCACGAGUCGGCUGCGGCGAAAUCAACCACCAAGAUCCUGAUCGACAUGACGUCAGCGGGCGAAGAGAAAGGACCGGCGGCGGCGGCGGGCGACGAGCUAAAGUCAACCUCGCUGAUCAUGCGCACCAUGCGUGCCGCGACCAAGCUCAACGAAGCGCUGAAGAGUCUGCAAGCCAUUCGGCGCGACUCGCUGGGAGAGAGCGGAACGCCAACGGGGCUAUAUCAGAGAGGUGGAGUCGACAUUGCCAGCCCGAAAGUGCGUCGCCAUUCCGCAUUCUGUCAGCUGAAUGGAGCUGCUGGUGUGAGUCAGCACAACAGCAGCAGCAGUACGAUCAGCAGCCACUCGAUCGCCAAGUCUAGCAGUGCCAGCAGUAUCUACGCCGACUAUCCGAAGCUGAGGACGUCCGGGAAGUAUGCGUCCUCGCUCGAUGGAGACUCGCUGGAGCGUGAUGCCACGGCGUACGGUGUUUCGCGCUACACUUCCGUGCUGCCAACGACGGCAGCAUCCCGUCGUAUCCUAACGAGUGAAUCGCGGCUGUCCGAUUUUGAGGCUUAUAUAAGCAAAAACACGGCCUCGGUAAGGCGUUCCAGCACGGCGGACGAUGUGGAUCGACUGGUGAGCAGUAAACCGAUCGCUGCACCGAGACUGAAGAAGCUCCAAGGCUCAACCGUGCUUAGUCAGCAGCUGUCGCAGCUACGCCGACUGUACGAUGCGGCCGAACUGUACGAUAGUGACAGUGAUAGCGCGAAGGCGGACGAGGAGGUGAAGCUGUACCUGGGCAAUCUGGCCGACGCCUCAUCGUCGACGUCUUCGUUUGGGCAGGCAACGGAACUGUCCGGUAGCUGGAGUCGCAUCAAAGCGAAACGAAACAUUCAGAAGUUCAACGGUAGCAGCCUUUCGACGGUGACGGCUGCGCGCGACGAACCUAAGGAUACGGCCUUCUCGGUAAACUCGUCUGCAGAGUUUGAUGUUGUGAAACCCUCGGCCCUGAUCAGCCGCCAGCCGGCCAAACCUUCUGCUGUGAUGUCGAUUGAGCUGAAGAGCCCAACGCCCGUCAAGAAACUGCCACCAGCUUCUCACACCUCUAGUCCAGACACUUCUACGACAAAGAUAACAACGACACUGAACGAUGAAUCGACGGCUGCUAGCACGCAGCAGCAAUCACCGAAGUUCCGACGUUACAUUCCGACCACGGCCACCAGCGCCACCACGCCCGGUGCCGUGCGUAACGAGGAACGCGCCUCGCUCCGGCUGUCGUCCGGUGCGCGGCAACUGCGCGAGAAUGAACUGUCAUUUUUCGGCGUCAACCCGAACAAGCAGCAGUCGUCCAGCCCGGCGGGCCCCACCGGCAAACCGCCAACGACUUCGACGACGACCCCGAACUCACCCUUUCAGCGAUCGGCCACACUAACGUCCUCCUUUAUUAGACGCUCUGGUACCACGACGACAUCGUCGACGACGACCACUACGGGGUCUGGCGAUAGUGCCACAUCCAAGGCGUCCCUUUGGCAGCUAACCAACGAUAAGCCGGAUCUGUUACGCCACGGUCAGCUAGCAGCUGCAGCAGUGGCGGUAGAACAGCCGAAGAGUCAAGCUGUAGCAGCUCCACGACCAGCUGUGGUACGCACUGGAUCUUCCUCCGUUGCUACCAGCAACAGUGUGAGCGUAAACAGCAGCAGUAGCAGUGUGACAACGUCCACGCUUUCAUCGGCCGAUGGUAGUCCCCACUACGAGAACUUGUCCCACUUUGCGCUGAAACCGAAGGCAGCACAGCGCUCCGUGGGUUCUUCACCGUCGGCUGGAGAGUUGUUGGUGCAGCAGCAGACGGCGAAGGUUGCAGAGAGCGAGAAACCGGCUGCAGCAUACGACCGGAAGAAGGAUUUGGAGCGGGAUGAACGCAUCUUGGAGGAGCUUACCCGUGCCGCGGAUGAGAUAUUGAAUGUUGUGAACAACAUGUCGAACGGUGAAAGUAUGGAGAGCAUUCUGAGUGAGCUGAACGACGGUGAGGGACAUCAUCGACGACUCUCAACCGGUGGCUGUACGCUUGGCACUAUCCGGGAAUGCUCAACGACGAACAAGAUCAUGAAGUCACGGGGCGUUCAAGUUUCCAAAAACAUUGACGACAGCCUCAAGCGUCACCAUCAGCGGCAAUCGAGAUUGUCAUCAGCUUCUUCGAACGAAAGCAUCGGACGCCGCCCGGAGGGUAACUUUACGCGCAGUGUCUCGCUACGCGGUCACUCAACUGCAUCCACGACCGCCGGUGAUAGUCUUUCCAGCCGCUCCGGAUCUAGCCGUCGAAGCCGCGCCCCAAUGGCGACCGAAACCCGGCGUCUGGUGCGCAUGUGCAGCAAGGAAAAGCUACAAUCAAACGCUAGCUCCUCGGAAGAUCUUCCCAGCACUACUGCGGUAGAGCCACCGCGUAGACCUCGCCGGACGCGCUACCACUCGAAGGAAACGAAGGACCCGGAACGCACGAGUGGCACCAGUAACGGACACGGUACCAGAGUGAGCUCCUCCACCCGGUCCCAUCGUAACGAGCGAUCGAGCGGAUCAGUUCGAACUGUCAGCUCCAGGCAUCAGGGACAAAGUGCAACUCCAACCGCUGGACACACUGCCCAGACAGCGGUAAGCGCAAGUGUGUCGAGCCACCAUUCGCUACACUCCGCCUCGUGUCCAUCGUCCCGCGGGCUCAAGUCAUCGGCCACUAACGGGCACCACCAGCACCAUCAUUCGCAGCUGGCCUCCGCCACCACCACAACAUCGUCCAAAAAACAUCACCGAUAAGAGACGAACCCAAACACACACAUCGGAUGACGCGUAGGAAAGUUCCCAACCAUGCAUGCACUGAUCGCGGGAUCUUCCCUAUUUUUUUGGGGACGAAACAGAUUGUUGGAGCAACGGCAAACAACGGCUAAUGAUGAUGAUGAUGAUGAUGAUGAUGAUGAUGGCACGCCUUCAUGUUGUGCUGGUGCAAGCGGACCAGCUCCAAAAACUGACCCCCCACGGGACGAUGUAACGGCCGACGUUGAUAAGCGACCAAGAAAGAGCCUGAUGAUGAUGAUGAUGUUGUGUCUUACUGGUGGUCACACACUGCUGCACUGCUGGAACCCGAGCAGGCCCCGUACGUACGCUCCAGUUAACAGUUACGGCGAUAGGGGCUGGCCGCGGUGCCUGAAAAUAGAAAAGAAAGAGAGAGGGCGCGCUUCUGCUGGCAACAAGCGCAUAAGCGAUGUAUGAUGUAUGAACCAAUUUCAACAAAACAAAAGAUUAACUAACCAACAACGUGGAUUGUGGCGACACCGACAAUUCGACAGCGACGAGCGCAUAAGACGAGGAAGAAAGAACGAAGCAAACAAACGGCAUGUGACGUUAAUGUUACGAAAACGAAAGAUUUAUUAUUGCCCUUUCCAUUAUAGUGUUUUUAUGCAUUCCUUUCUUGCGAACACACUUAGUGCAUAAGGUCCGACAUGUGCUCUCACUAACAUUAACACAAACAACCGAGUUAGAUAGCUGCUCCUUCCUGCCGAAUGGGGUGGGGGAGUAGUUCGCGCUUGACAAACGAUCAAGAUAUCAAGAGCAAACUAUAGCAACACACUUGCAUGCGUUUCGAGAGGAUCGCGCACUGUCGUCAGGGGGCAAUCCUGUGAUCACAAUGUAAUAUUUGGUAGCCUACUACUAUUACUACUACACUGCAACUACUACUACUACUGCUACUACUACUACUUGCGUAAAUAUACAUACAUACAUACAUAUCUAAAGAGA